AUCACACAUCCGCCUCAAGCCGGCCCUGUCCAUCACCCACUGAAAAUUCAGCAAUUAUUUGAAUGUUUUGACAUUUGUCAACUUUUUAAUUAUGCCGAUGUUUGACAAGGCAACAACAAGUUAUUGACUAUUUAUGCAAUUUGCCAAAUAUGCAAUAAAUUGUGAAGAAAUGGAUUACAAAUAUUUAAUUAAACCCAAAUAAAUACUACAAUAAAUUGAACCUUUAAAUAAGCCCAUGGAAGACGUAAUACCUGGGGACGAAGAACCUACCGGCGAACGUUGGGAUCCCUUAGGAGCUCCGAAUGACAAUGAAAAGGAUGCUACGAAUUUUGGAUACCUAGAAAGAGAGCGCUGUGACUGUUCUUACUGCUUAGAUUCAUUAGAAAAGUUAAGAUGUUUGGAGGAAGAACAGGAGCAGUUGAACUCUUCGCUUUUUGCACUAACCACCCAUUUCGCUCAGGUGCAAUUCCGGUUAAGGCAAAUAGUCGACGCUCCAAGAUCUGAUAAGCAAGAAUUACUGAAGGCCUUAGAGGAAUUUGCCUUUCGAGGAAUUCCCGAUAUCGACCUGGUGAGAGACAAGAUAGACGAGGCGAAUCUCGCCGAGACUAUGAGAUUGAGACGCGUUCAGCAGCAACAGCUUAUCAAGCAGUUAAAGAAACAAUUAAGCGAGUUGGAGCGGUACGCUUUCGAAACUGGCGAAGCGGACGUUCCUCAAGAUGUAGUGUUGGAAAGUCAGAGGGUUAUUUUAAAUGAGCUGAAAGUGCGGAUGAAUUUGGAAUUGGAUGAGCAGAAAUAUUUUCAGCUGACGCCAGCAGAUGUUAAGCAACAGGUAGACGUUGCGUUAGGUCAACUAGUAACCCCUUUACGUAUGAAAGAACAUCUUGUCGCCCAGUUGAAGACUCAAGUAGCAGAUUUGGAGAGAUUUAUCAGUUAUCUACAAGCAGACAGUAAAACCAACACAAAAUGCUCGUGCGGAUGUGCGCGUCAUUCUGUAGAAAAGAAAUACAAAGCGAGCUCUGCUGGAAUGAUCCAACGAACUGCUGCCUUGUUGCAAAUGUUUGCCAUGUUGCAGCUGGGUUGUGGGUCUCACCAAUUUAAAAAGAACAAUUUGAAGACAACCACGAAAUGUAAUCAUUGGGGAGAUUUACGAGCGAAAAUGGAGAUUGCCAUAGCCAAAGUGGUCGAAGUGGCAAAAGCCACCGAAGUCAGUAAGUCGGUCGAACAGGGUAACUACAGCAGCGACAGUGAAUCUUCCACCGCUUUAUGUAACGUGCAAGUGACGAGGGCAGUACGAAAGUAUUUAGCAACAAGCAUACGCGAUCUCAUGCAACACGGCGUCGUCGCCGAGGUUCAAAGCCACAGCCUUGUGCCAUUUAUCGGAUGCUUGUCUCGUAAAUUCAAAGUCUGCGACACCCCGAUACACGCCUGGGAGAUAAUCGUUUAUUACUAUCACCUAAAGAAUGGAGAACGAUUCAAUUCGACGCCCGCUAGAAAAUUGUCUCAAAGCUUUAAUCUCGAUAUCGCCGGAUCUUCCGCAAAUUCAAAUAAGCAAAAUAUGUUGAGCAUUAUCGGAAACAUAAUCGCGACACAUUCCUUGUAUAAACGGAGUUAUGAUUCUCAUUUUAAGGCGUUUAUUUGCGCCGCUUUAAACGCAAAGAAACUAGUUACUUGGUUAAGUCUGAUAUUUCAAUGUAGAGCCCUCGUCGACAUGCAUUAUCAGCCAUGGAGCUACAUGAUUAAAACUGGAUUCUCUGAUGGCCUACAAAGUUUGGACACUUUAACAAAUUUUAAGUUUGAUCUGCCCGUUGAUCUCGCCAUUCGUCAAUUUCAAAAUAUUAAAGAUGUUUUCACGUAAUAUUUUAUUAUAAUUUUGAUUCCAUACUGUGAUAUAUCCUGUUUUUGUUUUAUUUAAAUAAUUGUUCAAAUCAAUCAUUUGUGAAUUUGGCAAAUACAUAUAAUGGUGUAAUAA